AUGGUCGCCAUUAAACCCGCGAAACGCCCGGUGGAACUGGGGUUGCGGAUGGGAUGGUAUAUCGUCAAGAACAAAUUGCUGGGACGAAAGCGAUUUCCGCUGGUAACCAUGCUGGAGCCGCUGGAAAUGUGCAAUCUGGCCUGCAUCGGGUGCGGCCGCAUUAGGGAAUACCGCGGGGUUCUGGAUAAAAUGAUGCCGGUGGACGAAGCCCUGGCUGCGGUGCACAGCUCCGGCGCUCCCAUCGUGUCGAUUGCCGGUGGUGAACCAACCAUCCACCCGCAUAUCGACAAAAUAAUCAAAAAGCUGGUGGAAGAAAAAUAUUUUGUCUAUUGUUGCACCAACGCCCUGCUGCUGGAACGGAUGCUGAAGAAAAUCCCGCCGUCGAAGUAUUUCUGCUGGGUAAUACACAUGGACGGAAUGGAAGAUAAACACGACGAGUCAGUGGCCCGGGAAGGGGUAUUCCGACGGGCGAUCGAUGGGAUUCGCAUGGCGGUGUCCCAGGGAUACCGGGUAUGCACCAACACUACGGUAUUCCGCAAUAGCGACGUGGAGGACCUGCGGGGAGAUGUUCCGGCACGUUAG